AACCUGAGGGCGGCUCGCCUGAGGCCUGACUUUGCUCACGGCUCGCCUGAGGCCUGACUUUGCUCGCCUGCCUGACUUUGAUGGCGUCCCACGGCGAGGCUCUCCACAACGAGGCGGCGAGCAUCCUUCUCCAGAUGGUCUCGCCACCGCCUCCGCGUCCGUUGGUCAACCUCUCGCCUCCGCGAGCUGCUGUCGCCAGCGUCUCGCCGGCAGCCCUCCUCACGCCUCGACGGAGCAGUCCAGUACUUCCAUCGCGCGCCCGCGAGCUUCUUUCGGCGUCGUCGACCUCAGGACUCGCGCUCCAGCUGUCUCCAGGGCAGAUGAGCGGGCGCAAGCGGGCGCGGUCCACCCACGUCAAGCAGCCCGCCCACGUCCGUGGAGGCAUCGACAAGAGCCAGUGCGCAAGCUACUGCGCGCGUUCGGGCUGGUGCGCGAACUGUACCAAGUCUCGCCCGCCCGCCACUCGCGAGCUCGCCGCGAUGUCGCCCGCUUCCUCUAACGCGGCGCCGCCGAACUCUGUCUUUCGUACGGAGCGACUUUACAGGGCGCGAGCCGCGUGGAAGUCGCUGCUCGAGCAGGUCCCGCCGCCGGGCAGUCGGCAGGUCUGGCUGCCCCCACGCGAAAUCGUGUUCACAGCCACUGAGCACGGGAUCCUGCCUUCCACCGCCCUCGCGCUGCGCCAGUCGUACGCUGUCUGCAGCACCGAGCAGGCCCGCGGCGGAGGGCAGUCGGCAACUGCGGAACUCUGCGCCGUGCUGUCUGCCGUGGGCUCCACCUUCAUCGCCUCGGUCGACGAGAGCUUGCAGAGGAGCAUGGUGGGCUUCCCGCCCGCGGCCCCACGCAAUUUCAUGCCGCUCGCGCAGCAGACUGUGAUCGCCACCUCUCGCUGCCUGCCAUGAUCGGAUGUCGACAACCAGACACAGGGGGUCGCACACCUCAAGUUGCAUCCGUCUGACACAAGAGGAGUGCGCGACCCCCGGCUAGCACCCCUGUCAAGUAGGAGCGGUCAUAUGUAGACGUCGGCCAGCACUCUCGUGUGCUCUGGGGGGAGGCGGGGGCCCUGGAGGGUAUCCAUGCGGGGGGGAGAUGGGGUCCCACGGCUCGCCGCAGGCGCCGAUUUUUCCGGACUUUUUUCUUUUUUGCGCGAUUUUUUUACUUGUUUCAUGGGAAUUCGCUGUAGAGCUCU